AUGUCUGACAUUGCAAAAGAUAAGGCAGCUCGCUUACUGAAAAAGACAGGCAGCUUUUCAUCGCUGAGCAGCUAUGACGUUAAAGCAAAAGAAAACAUGAAAAAGCAAAAGGACUCCAUGAGUACUGUGUCCUAUAUGGAUGAUCCAGGGCAUCAUGAUGACAUUCCACGUCCCACACUACAAAUGGAAAACACAUAUCAGUUAUAUCCGACAAAGUAUUUUCCAGGGGCCACUGUGAACAAUAUUCUCAAAGAUGUCCUGGCAAGCUACUUACAGGAGGAGAAAUAUGAGCCUGAACUCUGCAGGCAGAUGACUAAGACCAUCUCUGAAGUUAUAAAAGCUCGAGUAAAGGAUCUCAUGAUUCCACGAUACAAGAUUAUUGUUUUAAUCCAUAUUGGACAGCUGAAUGAACAGAGCAUCCGCAUUGGCAGCCGCUGUCUCUGGAAUUCCAGCACGGACACAUUUUCUUCCUUCUCUUUCUGUAACCGAUCUCUCUUUGCUGUUGCUAAUGUUUUUGCAGUGUACUUUGAAUGA